ACUUUCUGCAGGUGAAAAACUUUAUUUAAAGUAGUUUUAUUGAUUUGACUGAAAACCCUGAUUGGUAGAUUCAAGGUGAAUUUUAGGCAAACUUUAGAAAUUAAUGUUUAAAAGACAGAAACUGGAUAAGAUCUUUAAAAAUCUUAGCAUUUACCUUUUUUAGAUAUUGACAAAUCCUAUUAAGUUAUGUCAGUGUGAUAAAAGUGAUUUCACCAAAAAUAAAAAUAAAAAAAUCAGUGACUGGCAUAACCAUGAGCUGUUAGGAAACAUGCAGGUUUAAUCUUAAGAAAUCUGGCUACUGAACCACAGAGUAGCUGAUUCACUAUGACUAAAGCUACAGCUGCACGUUAUGCACCCAGUAGGGGGGAGGGAGAGUUAUCCUGCACCCUUAGGAGGGACACAAUGGACUGGGUGACUUAUAAAAAUCCCAGGAUAUAAAAGGUGUCAGAAGGAUUCUGUUGUUACAUUCACAAUGGCUUCGUGGAAAAUGCUGCAGGUUCUGGCUUUGCUGAGCCUUCUCUUUGCAGAAUCACACGCACAACUUAAAGAGUGCGGGUUCGCUACUCGAAAUCCCAAAAUAGUUGGCGGUCAGGAUGCGUCACCUGGACGUUGGCCGUGGCAGGUCAGCCUGCAGAGGAAAGGAUUCGGGAAUCCAUUCCAUCAGUGCGGCGGGUCGCUAAUCACCAAGAACUGGGUGCUGACUGCAGCUCACUGCGUCAGUGGGACCAGACCGUCGGAGUUGCAGGUUUCUCUCAGUCGGCAUCAGCUGCAGGGCGGCAACACAAACACCCAAGUAAACGUGGGAGUUGCUCAAAUCUUUGUGCAUUCUGGAUAUGGCAGCAAGAUGUUCAACGACAUUGCGUUGCUCAGACUCUCCUCACCAGUGCAGUUCACAGACUACAUCAGACCGGUGUGUUUGGCAGCCAGUGGCAGCUGGUUCAACAACGGCACCGACAGUUGGGUCACCGGCUGGGGAAACGUAGCAGAAGAAGUGCCUUUACCCCCUCCUCAAACGCUCCAGGAAGUGAAGGUGCCAGUUAUAGGAAACCGACAGUGUAGCUGUUCCUAUGGAAACGGUGUAAUCACAGACAACAUGAUCUGCUCCGGUGUUCUGUCAGGAGGAAAAGACGCAUGUCAGGGUGACUCAGGAGGUCCGAUGGUCAACGAGCAGCGCUCACGCUGGAUCCAGUCUGGGGUUGUCAGUUUCGGCCUCGGCUGCGCUCGGCCCAAUCUGCCUGGCGUUUACACCAGAGUGUCCUGGUACCAGUCCUGGAUAAACUCCGUCAUCCGAGACGAAAAACCAGGAUUUGUCCAGUUCACCUCCAGUGGAGUGGAUCCUGACAGCAGCUUCAACUGCAAACGGCGGCCAUUUUUACCCAAAUAACAAGAACAACACUGAAACUAACAACUGGGUUGGUCCAGGUGUUACACUACAAAUUUAAGUAACAUAAUUCACUGCAAAACCACAAAAUCUUAUCAAGUAUUUUUUGUCUAGUUUUUAGUGCAAAUAUUAUUCCUUAAUAUUCCAUGUUCCAUGUUAUCAGUUAAUUUGUCUACCAAUGGAACUAGUAUGUUUUCAUCAAUAUUAAGGAAUUAUUUACUUAUAUAUUGUAAGUUAGUUUUGUUUUAUUUCUAUUUGACCAGAAAUACUUGGUAAGCUUUAUUUUUACAGCUUUCUUAAUGUAGGUGGGAAACUGUUUCCUUUAGUCCUUCUGUAAUUUUGCCAAUGUUCCUGUUUCUGUGAAUCAUUUAUAGUGAUUUAAAUUAUUUAAUAAACUCAUUCGAGCAUCA